AAUAAGAUUUUCAAAAAAUGUGUUUGGCUGCAUAUUGAGAGUUAGAUUAUGCUGCAUGAGUUUUGUGAGAAUUUGAAAACAUAUUUUGAUAUAGUUUUGCUGUUUUUAAAUGUGGUCGCUGUUUACCUAAAUUAAUCAACAAUGUUUGCUGUUUCUGGAUUCUUUGUUCGCCUGAGGCAUGCAAGAAAAUGUUUCCCUCGCGAAUUCAAAGUAACACGAUAUCAAUAACUGAUACAUACAUGAUCAUUUCGUGGGUGAAGUAUUCCUUUAAUGUUGACUGCUUUGAGUUUUUAGGGUCCGUCAGUCUGCAGCAGCGGUUACUGCUCUCCGCCGCAGGGGGAGCUCUAAUGGUCUGUGCUGUAAUUUCUACCAGCGAAGAAGAAGCGGGAGCCACAACAAUAACACACAGCUAGCAAGACUGACAAGAUCACCCACGAAAUGUCCCGUUUUUAGUUUGUAAAUUCUAUUUCACCACACACAGUCAAAACGUUUCCGUGAGCAGUCGAAAAAUACAUCUGCACGGAGGCGACUUCAGGCUCCAUGUUGUGCUGUCAACAGAAAUAACAUGCUCUGGUUGUUGUGACGCGCAGGCAAUAGAAGCUAACUAGCUGCACCGUUAGCUUGUUUACACCCAGUCCGCUCCUCUUUUUCGGUUUUGUGUUUAAUGUCACCGGGAUCUGGUACCGCGCGCAGACAUGGAGAGCUUGUACAAGCGCAAAAUGUUCGCGUCGAUGCGGAAAACCAAGGUGGACGCAUCGAAGAAGCGACAGAUCGGCCUGCCCGCCUCAAUCUUGGACGACAGUGACGAAGGGUCCUUCACCUCCUCCUCCUCGUCUGGAUCCCAAUCCGACUUCCACAGCUCCCCGGAGGAGGACAGCGAGCAGGAGGACCGGGGCCGUAGCGAUUCCGGGGCGACUUCUAGCGACGACAGCCGCUCCGUGACCCGCAGAAAGCGCUCGUUCCUGGGAGGCGACGACAGCUCCUCGUCCUCCAGUCCCGGGGAGGAGGAUUCAACUAAUGAUGAGGACGGGGACAGGAGCCAGCCGAAGAGGAUGGUGCAGCCGAGGAAGCGGAGCAGGCUACAGCGGCAGGACGAGUCGGACUCGGAUCAUGCGGAGGAGAAGCGGAUAGAGGAGGCGGAGAAGGCGAAGAGGAAGCAGAGACACAACAAGCUGAUGGCGCUGUCACGGAGGAUGAAGGCCCGGGUCCCGAAUCGGAGGAGAAGCCGCCUUAAGCAGGGUGCUAGUGAUGAGGAAGAGUCCAAAGAAGGUGAGGAAGAGGCUGGUGGUGAUGAAGAUGGAGGCGGAGGAGAAAACGGCAACAAUAAACAGGCUGCAGAAGUUGAUGAAGGAGGCCAAGAGAAGGUGGAGAAAGAGGCGGAAGAAAAAGAAGAAGAGGAGGAGGAGGAGAAGUAGACCCAUUUAGCGAAGGAGUUUGAAUGUGAAGAACUAAACCAUCUGAAAAUGACUCAUAACUGUUAGUUUGUACAGUUUUUUUUCUCCUGCAGCAUUUAAAGUGGAAAACAAAAACACUUAAAACUGGAGAUUUUCACCAGGUUUUUGUUGCUAUAGAAACAGACAUUGGUGAAAUGCAACAUAAAGAUGUGCAGGUGAAUUAGACAGCCCCGUUGACCCGUUAAGCAUUGUUUUUGGUGAAAGAAGUGGAGCCUGAAUUGGGUCGCAGCUUUAGAGCCAUGCUGAGAAAAGUGGCUCAUGGAUACGUCACUCCUGGGCCAGUGCCAUAUGAUAAUUCAUAGUGAUCUACCCCUGCUGAUCUACUGACAUGUGUCAAGUCAGUUUUAUUUAUUAAUCCCAAAGUAACUUAUCCCAGUUGUUGAUCCCAGAUAGCUGUCAUGACACCCAUGUUCCACUGACAGGUGUGGUUUUUCACUGGUAGAUAAUGAGUAAAACUGUGAUAAUGUGAACUUGGUCUAAGCUAUUGCGGCUAGUCCUUGCUACAUAUUCUACCCACAUGGCUAGCGGAGUGAGUGUAGCCUGUUGGACAUUGUUUAAAUUGCAGCUUAUUAAUUAAAUUUAGCGACAGUGUUGAAUAGUAACUUCAUUAUUUUUCAACCUGGGCCCAAUUUUCCCAUGUUUUUGUGUCUAAGUGUCUAAUGGAAACAACGAUUUUUGAAAUUGGUCCAGUAUUGAGCAAGAGGGCUGCAGGCAGCAGCAGUGAAACAGGCUGCAAUGCAAUCCCUGGGGGAAAUUGAGCACCGUCAGUGUAAGUCCACUGAAAGCAUUUGUUUUUGCCACUGACAGGCUCAGAUUGUUAUUGUAAGUGUCUGAAAACCUUAUUGAAAGAUUGAAAGGACCCCAAUGUCUUUGUUAAAAAGUAAGAUCUUUUUGUUUAAGCAGAACAGCCCUGAAAUGGCUAUUGUCAAACACACCAGACUCCUUUUAGAUAAACUUAAAUUUUAUCAUUGUAAAACACACUUUAUUUAAAGUGGACAGAAACAAAAUAAAACUAUAAAUAAUAAAAUAAGUGCUCAGUUGGCCCCAGGGAUUACAUUAGUCUAUUUCAUCGUUGCUGGCUGCAGGACUCUCUCAAUACUGGACCAGUUUCAAAAAUUGUCUCCUCUAGCCACAUAGACACAAAAAUCCGUGAAAAUUUGGUCCAAGUAGUUAAAUUCCAAGGUUACCCUUUAACUGUACAGCAUGUCAGUGAUUUAACCAUGAAUGCUAGGUGCCAGUGCAUUAUGUCAGAUAUCCAUAGCUUUUAUUAUAUUCUAGUAUUACUUGUUUUGUUUUUUUAAUUAUGUGUAGAGGUGUUAUCACUCAGUGGACAUCAGUCGUACUGUGGGACAAAAAUAAUUUCAACAAGGUUCACUCACUGGCUUUUUCCAGAGCUUUUAGCCUUAUUUCAUGGUUUUUGAGACCACAAGAAAAACAAAAAGAAGUUGUUGUAGUUGCUGAAAGCUCCACAAACAGCUAGUAAGUCGACCUUCAGUUAAGGACAAUAACAAAUUUUCAUGCUCAAAUGAGAGACAUGUUGUCAAUAACAGGCAUACAUCAGUAGAUCAUCAGCAGCAUACCAACAGUUAACAGUGGUUUAUGACUUAACUGGCAGAGUGAUGUGCUAUCAGUCACCUUUUGAUGUGAAGGCUGCUGCAGCUUCAGUGUUGAUUUGAGUAGAGACUCUGCUCCAGAGGCUUUAUGUUUAGUGUAUCUAGUGUUUCUGCUUUAUCAGUGUCAGCUGACUGUCUGUGGAAUGAGAAACUCACUUGGCUGAAAUAUUAGUACAGAUGCUGAGAACACUGAGCCCAAGAGAUUUCCCAAGAGAUUUGUUCAAACAUCAAAGGUAACAGACUGUGAACAUGACAACUCUAGAAGAGAAGUCAACCACAAGUCUGGAGUAUUGCUAUAAGAAAAAUCCAGUCAGAAAGCUCCAGGUUCUUGUUUAGUUUCUGUCUGUAGUGACAGAGCAUUCUGAACAUGAUGGAUGCUGGCUGCCGAGGCUUCUGGGUACUGCAGUAUUCAGAGACAUUGAACAUACCCAACUGACAGCGCUAAGAUUCUUCUUUGUUGCACUUUCCUUCUUUUUUAUUUACUUUUUAGUUCAAACAAAAGAUCAAAUCACACUCUGUUCUGCAAAGCAGACAUUUUAUUAGAUUUUUUUUUAAAGGCGUUUGCAGAUAUGUCUGUAUCUUUUUGGUAUUUUUGUCCAUCUCUUCUGUGAGUUAUAAGUAUAUUUGACCGGGCAGGCACUCUGGUUGCAGCUUCUCCAAUGAGGGAAUUUGCUUUUUACAAUGGUUAAAUUAAUAUCUUUGGGUUUUGGACUGUUGGUUGGACAAAUGAAGACAUUGAAGAUGUCACCUUGGACUUAGGAGAGAGUCAUUGAGAUUUUUUCUUUCUUUUUUUUUUUUAACAUUUAAUAGCAAAAAUAGUUAAUUAGAAGAAUAAUUUGCAAAUGAAUUGAUAAUGAGAAUAAUCCUUUGUCGCAGGCGUAGGUUAUAAACCAGAUUGUCCAAAAAUGCCCAGAGUGUAUGUGCGAGACUUAAGCUCUGACAGUUGAGUUGUAAUGUAAGUUUGGUCAUUGUUUAGAGAUGUUCUCUGGUGUUAAAUGUAAAGGUCCGCUGACUCCUGGUCGAUGACUUUUGAAUCUUUGCUCAUUAAAAAAACAUGACAUGGUGGCUGACAAGAAAGAUGGACAGAACUAUCAAAAUAAGAUUCAGCCUAAAAGAAACCAAAAAAAAAAAUUAACAUGUCAUCAGAGAUUUCUCCUAAAUGCAGAGAAUUGAUUACAGUUUGCUUUUUGCACUUGCUGAAAGCACUUGUGUUAAUGUUAUUAACAUAUAAAUACAGCAGGAGAAGGGGUGCAGUGUUUCCUGUAAAUAGAAUUUAUUUGGGCGGCCCACCUAAAAACUUUCUUUGUACUUUUCUAUCUAUUUAUUUCUCUCUAAAAUCUGUUACAGUGCUGCAUUUAUGUGAUAAUGUACAUUUUACUUACAAUGUCCCUAAUCCAAAGUUUGCUCUUUUUAAAUAUUCCCUUAAUCCUUGUUCCUUCCUUUCCUUAUUUCCUCCUUCCCUUCAAUAUUUCCUUCCUUCCCUUUUUCCUUCCUUCUUCCUGUGUAAUGGUGCGUUUAAGUGCAGUCACAGACUGGAAAAAAGAACUCCCUAAUCAUAAGCUCAGCAAAUAAGCUGGCAGCUGGUGAGAAACUGAGCUGUAGAGGAUGUUCUUUUAUGCCCAGUUUUCAGUCUGCAGCUGUUCAAACUGAACCAAGAGAUGGUUUAAGAGCCUUGUGGCCUUUUCUGCUUUUCACUCAUCUGUUGGACUGAGUAUAUUAUACAGAAUAGUGAUGAUAAACGCACAUUCGUCAUAGCUGUCGUGGUCUUUUAUUGCUGUAUAAAGCUCUUCAGACCAACCUGCCCUGUUGAAAACACCUCUUUUAUUAAUAAAGAUUCUUUUUUUGACCAACAAAUGCUGUGUUGGAAAUCCUCACAUCUUAACUGUCUCGGUAGAUCACUACAUUUCCCAUGAAUCAGCCUGCCCCAGCUGUAAGAUAUUGCUCAUUUAUUUUUAUAGAUGAAAACUGAAUGAUAAACUGAGUGCUGAAGCCUCAGGACAGUAACAUCUGAACACCUCAAUUAAACAUUUAAACAUUUCGAUGGCUCUCACGACUGCAUCUCCCAUGAUGCUUUGACCGAGCCUUCAUACAGAGAUCUCACAAUUACCGCACCUUUACACUUUUUAAAAAUGGUGCAACAUUUUGUGCUUCCAGAAAAUUGUUGAAAUUAAAAAUAUUUUAGUAUUUGCGUGUGUAUUUUUUCCAGUUUUCACAUUCACACUUCCUCUGCAUUAUGUUUGAACACACCUCUACAUACUGUUGUAAACAAUGUAUAAAUACCUACAAAUAUGAAAAAGCACAGACACUGCUUGUGCCAGUGUUACUGUAUAUAUGUUGAGAGCUGCAGUAUAGUGUAUAACAGAUGAUUUGGACAUUUGUUUUCCCACUUGUCUGUGGUACCAGUGGGAUCUGUAGCAUACACACAAAUCUGUUUUUCUCACACAUCUUAAUUUACUAACUGCUACAAUGCUCAACAUUCAGAACUGUUGUUUUUGGGGACUGUUCAUUAUUUAAGAGGAGGAAGGGGGUGGUGCAAAACAGGGGAGGCAUGUCAAAUAUUUUUUUAAGCACUAGGGAGGGACUCAUGUUUUUAAUUUUGGCUUAGGGGAGGGGCAUACAACAUACAUACAACAUAACUAUUUGGUUUGACAAUGCAUGUGUUUCCCAUGAUGCCAAUAAAGCAUGUUUGAAUUGAUUUCAGUUAACCAGUAUUUUAAGGCAAUGCAUCUGGAUAACACAACAGGUGUUAAACAUUGCUGUUUCUGUUUAAAUAAAUGUUUUGCCACACUUUGUUGGGCCGAACUCAGCCCAGAGCUUUAAACAGUGAUAGUUCAUCAUCAGUUUAUUCUGUGUGUCUCAUUUAAAAUUU